AGCCGCGUGGGAAGCUCUAAGAACAACAGAUGGCAAACCUUCCUCCUGAACGUCUGGCAGCCUGCCCUCCCUUCACGUAUGUGGGACCCGAUGUGUUUGGGCCUUGGUCAAUUACAACUAGGCGCACCAGAGGUGGACAGGCAGAGAGCAAGCGAUGGGCCAUCAUAUUCACUUGCCUCAGUUCAAGAGCUGUCCACAUUGAGCGGUUCUUUGCUCUCAGAGGCCCUGCAAAGCAGCUCCAAUCUGACUGUGGGACAAAUUUUAUUGGAGCUUGCAAGGAGCUGGGAAUGGACAAAACUGUGCAGACUUAUCUCAGUCAGCAGGGAUGCUGUUGGAACUUCAACCCGCCGCACGCCUCCCACAUGGGAGGUUCAUGGGAGCGCAUGAUUGGUGUCGCCAGAAGGAUCCUUGAUUCGAUGCUGCAGCAGCUGAAGACUCGCCUAACCCAUGAGGUCCUUUGCACACUCAUGGCGGCAGUUACAGCUGUCAUAAAUGCUCGGCCGCUCCUCCCUGUGUCUACAGACCCACAACAACCUUUCAUUCUUUCUCCAGCUUUGCUUCUCACACAGAAGUCAGGACUUCCACCUCCUCCUGGGACUUUCUCAGACAAGGACCUUUAUACAAAACAAUGGAGACAGGUGCAGGCCCUUGCAAACCAGUUCUGGACUCGUUGGAGCAAGGAAUAUCUAUCCUCCUUGCAGCAAAGACACAAAUGGACAGUUCCACGCAGGAACCUUGAAGUCGGCGAUCUGGUUCUCAUCAGGGACAAGCAGAUGAUCCGCAACUGCUGGCCCUUGGCUAUUGUCACUGCAACCUUCCCAGGGAAGGAUGGACGUGUUAGGAAGGUUGAGGUCAAAACAACUAACCAGGGCAGCGCAAAGACAUUCCUGAGGCCAGUUGUAGAGCUGGUUCUUCUUCUGGCUAAGGACUGAUUUAAAAACUACAUGUCAAGACAUGUCUUGGACACCCGCAAGUUCAAAGUGGCCUCACGGAGGCCAGGCGAGGAGUGUGCAACCACUAAGGCAGUUAAUUUGGUUUUUAUAACAUGGGAAUUCAUUUUGCACUAAUUAAAGUUAAAGAAUAUGUUAAAAGCUGCUAAAAGUUAAAAGUGCCUGUAAAAGAGGUUUAUUUUGAAAGUCGGUCAUUUGAUGACGUCACAUCCUGUCAGGUCUGUUUCUGUUAGGUCAUUUCCUGUUAGCUUCUUUUCCUGGCUCAUCAGAAAGCAAGGCAGACAUGUGGAGCAUGGUCUGAAUGUUAUCCGCCGCCAUCUGCUCAAAUUCAUCAUAGAGGCAUUGCCUUUUCACCAGCAUGUCAGUGAAGGAACCCGAAGUAAACGGUCAAUCUUG